AUGUCGCUGCUCUGCGUCGGAGUCAAAAAAGCCAAGUUUGACGGUGCCCAAGAGAAGUUCAACACCUACGUGACGCUCAAGGUGCAGAAUGUGAAGAGCACGACUGUGGCGGUGCGCGGGAGCCAGCCCAGCUGGGAGCAGGACUUCAUGUUCGAGAUCAACCGGCUGGACCUGGGGCUGACGGUGGAGGUGUGGAACAAGGGCCUCAUCUGGGACACCAUGGUGGGCACCGUGUGGAUCCCGCUGCGCACCAUCCGCCAGUCCAACGAGGAGGGCCCCGGGGAGUGGCUGACGCUCGACUCCCAGGUCAUCAUGGCCGACAGUGAGAUCUGCGGCACCAAGGACCCCACCUUCCACCGCAUCCUGCUGGACACGCGCUUCGAGCUGCCCCUGGACAUCCCGGAGGAGGAGGCGCGCUACUGGGCCAAGAAGCUGGAGCAGCUGAACGCCAUGCGCGACCAGGACGAGUAUUCGUUCUCGGACGAGCAGGAUAAGCCGCUGCCCGCGCCCAGCAACCAGUGCUGCAACUGGAAUUACUUCGGCUGGGGCGAGCAGCAGAACGACGACCCCGACAGCGCCGUGGACGACCGCGACAGCGACUACCGCAGCGAGACGAGCAACAGCAUGCCGCCGCCCUACUACACCACGUCGCAGCCCAACGCCUCGGUGCACCAGUACGCCGUGCGCCCGCCGCCCCUGGGCUCGCGCGAGUCCUACAGCGACUCGGUGCCCAGCUACGACGACUUCUCCGAGCCGCGGGCGCUCAGCCCCACGGGCAGCAGCCGCUACGCCUCCUCCGGGGAGCUGAGCCAGGGCAGCUCGCAGCUGAGCGAGGACUUCGACCCCGAGGAGCAGAGCCUGCGGGGCUCGGAGCUGGGCGACGAGCGGGACCCGGACUCCUACCACUCGUGCCACAGCUCGGUGAGCUGCAAAGACUCGCCGCGCUGGGACCAGGAUGAGGAGCUGGACGAGGACCUGGAGGACUUCCUGGAGGAGGAGGAGCCGCUGCCCGAGGAGGAGGAGGAGGAGGAAGAGGAGGAGGAGGAGGAGGAAGAGGAGGAAGAGGUGCCGGACGACGUGGGCAGCUACGCCCAGCGCGCGGAGGCGGCCGUGACCGAGCCCAAGGACUUCAAACGAAUCAGCUUCCCGGCGGCCGCCCCCUGCGAGGACACGGCCCCCGCCCCGCCCACCGAGGCCACGCCGGCCGCGCCCGAGGAGCUGCCUGGAGCCCAGCCGGCCGAGCCCCCCACAGCUGAGGAGAGUUUCAGGCCCCGAGAGGACGAGGAGGACCGGCAGGGCCAGGACUCCAUGUCCAGGGCCAAGGCCAACUGGCUGCGGGCCUUCAACAAGGUGCGGCUGCAGCUGCAGGAGGCUCGGGGGGCAGGAGAGAUGUCCAACUCCCUGUGGUUCAAAGGCGGCCCCGGGGGCGGCCUGAUCAUCAUCGACAGCAUGCCGGACAUCCGCAAGAGGAAGCCCAUCCCGCUCGUGAGCGACCUGGCCAUGUCCCUGGUGCAGUCCCGGAAGGCGGGCAUCACAUCGGCCCUGGCGUCCAGCACGCUCAACAACGAGGAGCUGAAGAACCACGUGUACAAGAAGACCCUGCAGGCCCUGAUCUACCCCAUCUCGUGCACCACGCCGCACAACUUCGAGGUGUGGACGGCGACCACGCCCACCUACUGCUACGAGUGCGAGGGGCUGCUGUGGGGCAUCGCGCGGCAGGGCAUGCGCUGCACCGAGUGCGGGGUCAAGUGCCAUGAGAAGUGCCAGGACCUGCUCAACGCCGACUGCCUGCAGCGUGCCGCGGAGAAGAGCUCCAAGCACGGGGCGGAGGACCGCACACAGAACAUCAUCAUGGUGCUCAAGGACCGCAUGAAGAUCCGCGAGCGCAACAAGCCUGAGAUCUUCGCGCUCAUCCAGGAGGUGUUCGCCGUGAGCAAGAGCGCGCACGCGCAGCAGAUGAAGGCCGUGAAGCAGAGCGUGCUGGACGGCACGUCCAAGUGGUCGGCCAAGAUCAGCAUCACCGUGGUCUGUGCCCAGGGCCUGCAGGCCAAGGACAAGACGGGGUCCAGUGACCCCUACGUCACGGUGCAGGUCGGGAAGACCAAGAAGCGCACGAAGACCAUCUACGGGAACCUGAACCCUGUGUGGGAGGAGAAUUUCCACUUCGAGUGCCACAACUCCUCCGACCGCAUCAAGGUGCGGGUGUGGGACGAGGAUGACGACAUCAAGUCUCGCGUGAAGCAGCGGUUCAAGCGCGAGUCCGACGACUUCCUGGGGCAGACGAUCAUCGAGGUGCGCACCCUCAGCGGCGAGAUGGACGUGUGGUACAACCUGGACAAGCGCACGGACAAGUCGGCCGUGUCCGGCGCCAUCCGGCUGCACAUCAGCGUGGAGAUCAAGGGCGAGGAGAAGGUGGCCCCGUACCAUGUGCAGUACACCUGUCUGCACGAGAACCUGUUCCACUUCGUGACAGACGUGCAGAACAACGGCGUGGUGCGGAUCCCGGACGCCAAGGGCGACGACGCCUGGAAGGUUUACUACGACGAGACGGCGCAGGAGAUCGUGGACGAGUUCGCCAUGCGCUACGGCGUGGAGUCCAUCUACCAAGCCAUGACCCACUUCGCCUGCCUGUGCUCCAAGUACAUGUGCCCCGGGGCGCCGGCCGUCAUGAGCACGCUGCUGGCCAACAUCAACGCCUACUACGCGCACACCACCGCCUCCACCAACGUGUCCGCCUCCGACCGCUUUGCCGCCUCCAACUUCGGGAAAGAGCGCUUUGUGAAGCUCCUGGACCAGCUGCACAAUUCGCUGCGGAUCGAUCUCUCCAUGUACCGGAACAACUUCCCCGCCAGCAGUCCCGAGAGGCUGCAGGACCUCAAGUCCACCGUGGACCUGCUCACCAGCAUCACCUUCUUCCGGAUGAAGGUGCAGGAGCUGCAGAGCCCGCCCCGGGCCAGCCAGGUGGUCAAGGACUGUGUGAAGGCUUGCCUCAACUCCACCUACGAGUACAUCUUCAACAACUGCCAUGAGCUCUACAGCCGGGAGUACCAGACGGACCCGGCCAAGAAGGGGGAGGUGCCCCCCGAGGAGCAGGGCCCCAGCAUCAAGAACCUGGACUUCUGGUCCAAGCUGAUCACCCUCAUCGUGUCCAUCAUUGAAGAAGACAAGAAUUCCUACACCCCCUGCCUCAACCAGUUCCCGCAGGAGCUGAACGUGGGUAAAAUCAGUGCCGAGGUGAUGUGGAACCUGUUUGCCCAAGACAUGAAGUACGCCAUGGAGGAGCACGACAAGCAUCGCCUGUGCAAGAGCGCGGACUACAUGAACCUGCACUUCAAGGUCAAGUGGCUGUACAACGAGUACGUGGCCGAGCUGCCCGCAUUCCAGGACCGCGUGCCCGAGUACCCGGCGUGGUUCGAGCCCUUCGUCAUCCAGUGGUUGGACGAGAAUGAGGAGGUGUCCCGGGAUUUCCUGCACGGCGCCCUGGAGCGGGACAAGAAAGACGGGUUCCAGCAAACCUCGGAGCACGCGCUGUUCUCCUGCUCCGUGGUGGACGUGUUCUCCCAGCUCAACCAGAGCUUCGAGAUCAUCAAGAAACUCGAGUGCCCCGACCCCCAGAUCGUGGGCCACUACAUGAGGCGCUUCGCCAAGACCAUCAGCAACGUGCUCCUGCAGUACGCCGACAUCAUCUCCAAGGACUUCGCCUCCUACUGCUCCAAGGAGAAGGAGAAAGUGCCCUGCAUCCUCAUGAACAACACCCAGCAGCUGCGCGUGCAGCUGGAGAAGAUGUUCGAGGCCAUGGGAGGGAAGGAGCUGGACGCCGAGGCCAGCGACAUCCUGAAAGAGCUGCAGGUGAAGCUCAACAAUGUCCUGGACGAGCUCAGCCACGUGUUCGCCACCAGCUUCCAGCCGCACAUCGAGCAGUGCGUGAAGCAGAUGGGGGACAUCCUGGGCCAGGUCAAGGGCACGGGCAACGUGCCGGCCAGCGCCUGCAGCAGCGUGGCCCAGGACGCCGACAACGUGCUGCAGCCCAUCAUGGACCUGCUGGACAGCAACCUGACCCUCUUCGCGAAGAUCUGCGAGAAGACAGUGUUGAAGCGGGUGCUGAAGGAGCUGUGGAAGCUGGUCAUGAACACCAUGGAGAAGACCAUCGUCCUGCCGCCGCUCGCCGACCAGACGAUGAUCGGCACGCUCUUGAGAAAGCAUGGCAAGGGAUUAGAGAAGGGCAGGGGGAAGCCGCUGAGCCACUCAGACGGGACGCAGAUGAUAUUCAACGCCGCCAAGGAGCUGGGGCAACUCUCCAAACUGAAGGACCACAUGGUGCGGGAAGAAGCCAAGAGCCUGACGCCCAAGCAGUGCGCGGUUGUGGAGCUGGCCCUGGACACGAUCAAGCAAUACUUCCACGCGGGCGGCGUGGGCCUCAAGAAGGCUUUCCUGGAGAAGAGCCCGGACCUGCAGUCGCUGCGCUACGCGCUGUCCCUGUACACGCAGGCCACCGACCUGCUCAUCAAGACCUUCGUGCAGACACAGUCGGCCCAGGGCUCCGGCGUGGAGGAUCCCGUAGGCGAGGUCUCCUUGCACGUGGAGCUCUUCACCCACCCAGGGACUGGGGAGCAGAAGGUCACGGUGAAAGUGGUGGCUGCCAAUGACCUCAAGUGGCACACGUCCGGCAUCUUCCGGCCGUUCAUCGAGGUCAACAUCAUCGGGCCGCAGCUCAGCGACAAGAAGCGCAAGUUCGCGACCAAGUCCAAGAACAACAGCUGGGCCCCCAAGUACAACGAGAGCUUCCAGUUCACGCUGAGCGCCGACGCGGGCCCCGAGUGCUACGAGCUGCAGGUGUGCGUCAAGGACUACUGCUUCGCGCGCGAGGACCGCACGGUGGGCCUGGCCGUGCUGCAGCUGCGCGAGCUGGCCCAGCGCGGGAGCGCCGCCUGCUGGCUGCCGCUGGGCCGCCGCAUCCACAUGGACGACACGGGCCUCACGGUGCUGCGCAUCCUCUCGCAGCGCAGCAGCGACGAGGUGGCCAAGGAGUUCGUCAAGCUCAAGUCGGACACGCGCUCGGCCGAGGAGGGCGGCGCCGCGCCUGCGCCCUAG